AUGGAGGGCAAAGAAGAGGAUGUUAAGCUCGGGGCUAACAAGUUCUCAGAGCGACAACCUAUUGGGACAUCAGCUCAAACAGACAAGGACUACAAAGAGCCGCCACCAGCUCCUUUGUUUGAGCCUGGUGAGCUCAAGUCAUGGUCUUUUUACAGGGCUGGUAUUGCUGAGUUCAUGGCCACUUUCUUGUUCCUUUACAUCACUAUCUUGACUGUCAUGGGUGUUAAUAAGCCUAAUACCAGCAAAUGUUCCACCGUUGGUAUUCAAGGCAUUGCUUGGGCUUUUGGCGGCAUGAUCUUUGCCCUUGUUUACUGCACUGCUGGUAUCUCAGGUGGACACAUCAACCCAGCUGUCACCUUUGGUCUGUUUUUGGCAAGGAAGCUCUCUUUGACAAGGGCUUUGUUCUACAUAAUCAUGCAGUGCCUAGGUGCUAUAUGUGGUGCUGGUGUAGUGAAGGGCUUCCAAGGAAGCAAACUCUAUGAGACUGAGCUUGGUGGAGCUAAUGUUGUGGCUCAUGGAUACACCAAGGGUGAUGGCCUUGGUGCUGAGAUUAUUGGUACCUUUGUUCUUGUCUACACAGUCUUCUCUGCCACCGAUGCUAAGAGAAACGCUAGAGACUCUCAUGUCCCGCUUUUGGCUCCUCUUCCCAUCGGGUUCGCAGUCUUCUUGGUUCAUUUAGCUACCAUCCCCAUCACCGGAACUGGCAUUAACCCAGCAAGGAGUCUGGGAGCCGCUAUCAUCUAUAACAAAGAUCACGCAUGGGAUGACCAGUGGAUCUUCUGGGUUGGACCCUUUAUUGGAGCUGCUCUUGCUGCUGUCUACCAUCAGAUAGUCAUCAGAGCCAUUCCUUUCAAGAGCAGAACUUAA